AUAUUUUCUGAAAAUUAAUUUCUUGAAAUUUCCAUGCAAUUUUGGUAGUGAUUCAGACCGGAUCCAGAGUUGCAGAACCGGCCAUCUCCACACGAGAAGAGAAGAUUUAAUCCAAGUUUUUAUAUAUCUCUUUCUCUUUCUAUAUUUAAACUCGCAGAUUUUGGGGGAAACGAGAAAAAAAGGAAAUAAAUAACUUUCACAUUUAAUUGCGAGAGAUCUUUGGAGAAAUGUCGAAAUCGCCAUGGGGAAUCGGCGCAUGGGCGGCCGAGGCCGAGAGGGAGGAGGCCGAGCUGAAGGAGGCGGAGGAGAAGGCGGCCGCUGCGGCGGCGGCGGCGCCCGCGGCGAGCUUCCCUAGCCUGAAGGAGGGCGUGAGCACCGCCAAGCAGAAGAAGAAGACCAAGAUGACGCUCCAGGAAUUCAGGGUCAUGCCGUCUCAGGGCCGCGGACUGACGCCGGAGGAAAUGCUCCGCCUCCCGACGGGCCCCAAGGAGCGCUCGCCGGAGGAAAUGCAGUACGGGAGAUUGGGCGGCGGGUUCUCCAAUUACGGGUCGCGCGCGGGAUCCGGCGGGCCUAAUUCGGGCCGGAGGGAGUACGAGGGCCGGAGAUCUUACGGGUUCGAGGAUGAUGGGCGGAGGGGCCCGUCGCAGCAGCAAUCUAGGGUUUCUGAGUUCGAUCAGCCCUCGCGAGCUGAUGAGGUCGAUAAUUGGGCGUCCAUGAAGAAGCAAACCCUACCCGAUCACGAUUCGCGUGAGCCCCGGGCCGCCGGUAAGUACAGCUCACUUGGGGGAAGUGGCGGUGGCGCGUCGCGGGCCGACGAAGUCGACAAUUGGGCGUCUAUGAAGAAGCCUGUUUCACAGCCACUGCCGCAGCAGGCUAGAUCUUCAGGCUUCGGCUCGGGCUUCUCCAGGCCCGAGACUGAUCGUUGGAACCGUAAUGAGAGCUUCGGGUCUGGAUUCUCCAAGCCCGAGGCGGAUCGCUGGACUCGGGGCGAGCAAAAUCCCAGCAUGAGUGUAAUUUCUCCGAAAAUUGAGGGCGCGGAGGCGGUGAAGGUUAUAAAACCGAACCCUUUUGGGGCGGCGAGGCCGAGGGAGGAAGUGCUGGCGGAGAAAGGUUUGGAUUGGAAGAAGCUGGACUUGGAGGUUGCAGAGAAGAAGCACUCGGUUAGUGGUGGGAGUAGGCCCACAAGUUCGCAGUCGAGUAGGCCGGAGACUCCACAGUCGAGCAGGUCGGAGGCCCCUCCUGCACUGGCAGGAACUGGUGGUGAAGCUUUAGUGAGGCCAAAGCCGAAAGUAAAUCCGUUUGGGGAUGCCAAGCCUAGAGAAGUUCUGCUGGAGGAGAAGGGCUUAGAUUGGAAGAAGAUUGAUCUUAAGUUGGAUAGACGUGUGGACAGGCCUGAGACAGAAGAAGAGAAGAAUUUGAAGGAAGAAAUUGAGCAACUGAAAAAGGAAUUGCUGCAAAAAUCGGGUGAAGAACAAGCUGGUGUGCAAGAUCUAAUACAUAAAAAGGAGCAGGAUUUAGAAGUUUUGGUCUCUCAGUUGGAUGACAAAGUUCGCUAUAGUCAAAGAAACUUUGAGAGGCAAAGUCCUGGAGCUGUUCGGGGUGCUGGCUUUAACGAUAGACCUCCUUCUCGAACUGGAGUAUAUGAGGGUAGAUCUGGCUUUCAUGAUCGACCUCCUUCUGCGCCUGGGCAAUAUGAGGAUCCUAGAGCAGGCUAUCAAGAGAGACCUCCGUCUCGUCCAGGUGCAUAUGAGGAUUCAAGAGCUGGCUUUGCUGAGAGACCUCCUUCUAGACCGGGGGCAUAUGAAGAUCCUCAAGCUGGAUUUCAUGAUAGACCUCGUUCGAGGCAGGGAGCCUAUGAAGAGGCCAGAUCUCCCUAUUCUCAGAGAUCUUCAUUCACAGAUGGAGCAUAUCAAGAUCCCAGAGCUCUAGAUGGCAAUGAGAGACCUCGUUCACGUGGCUCCGUGAACUCAUGGGCGAGACCAAGUGACGACAGAAGAUAUUUUCAAGGAAGUGGAGGCAGGGGAUUUUCAGGCAGCAGAGAUGUUGAAAGGUCAGGGUCGAGGUGGUGAAUUCCCAGGCCGGAUUCUCCGAGGACCCGAUUCUUCCAGCCGUCCUUUACAUGCUCUCUGACUAGUUAGAUGCAAUAAUACAUUGGCACCCCUAUUUAUCAUUUCAUGAUUUUUGCUGUGAGGAAUGGAGCUGGAAUAUCUUAAUUCUGACAACAUACAACUCUUGCAUUAAUUGUUGUUGCAUCUUGAUGAUGUGUAAAAUUCUCAUUCCCCCCCUUUUUUGUUUUUUGUCUAUCUUUUUGUAGUGGGAUCAAACUUUCCAUCUUCUCCAAAAAAGGGACAUUGUAAUGCACAACCCUGCCCUGGUUUUUUUUGGUCUUACUAUGUGUUUUUACCUCGGAAUAUAUUUGUUUGUUCA